GCUGGCGCAACAGGUAGCAGACAACGGCGGUAUUAUACUAUUAUUGCGAAAAUGAUGUUCAAUAUUUGCCGAUCAAUCAUUAUUGUGGAUCAGUGGAUCAGUGCGAAACAAUAAUUGUUUACCAGCUCGACGGACUUUCGUUGUUUACACAUCUCUGGACGAACAUUUUUCUCGCAUGCUAUAAUGGAUCCUACGUCAUGUUCGACCGUAUCGGAAGACUUUGCCAAUACAUCGAUAUCCGUUCUCCGUAUGCCGACCAGGGAACUAUUGUCGUGCAUGUUGAAUGCCACGAAAGUCAUUCCAUCACCCGAAAAAUUACCCAGGGAUUGGAGAGGAUUGUGCACACUUUUGAAUUAUACAAUACCAUCAGGAUGUGAUCCAACUAACCCAAUUGGUAAAAUAUUCCAGUUUUGUGAAGCAAAAACUACUAUAGCACAUUUUACACGGUGUUUAGAACGAAUAGACAGGUAUGAUGUUGUGGAAGAUACCAAAGAAUUAUUUGUUUCUGAUAUUAUAUAUUUUAAAGAACAAUGUUCUUUAGCAAAUCCAACUCCAGUAGUACCGAACGAUUUUGACAUCAAUUUCAUUACUUUAGAUGAUAUAAAUUCAUCCAACAAUGGUCUUCCUCUUACAAGAUAUGAUGCAUUUUUGCUUUAUGAUAAUGCAGAUAUGCAAUCAGCUGCCGCUGUAGUAGAAAAAUUAGAAACUGAUUACAAGUUGAAGCUAUGCUUAAAAGAUCGAGAUUUAAGACCAGGUGUUAUGUUCGAGUAUCAGUCCAUAAUAAAAUUGAUAUCUGAUCGCUGUAAUUGGUUAAUCAUUAUAGUUUCAAAUAAUUUUUCAAACAGCCCUUGGAAUAGAUUUAUUGUUAAUUAUAUACAGUCGUUAGCUAUUGAAAAACGGUUACCUAAAAUUAUUCCAUGUGUAUUUGGUGAUUGUGUAUUACCUGAAGAACUUAAAUGUUAUGUUCACUUAUAUUUUAAUUCAUAUAAUCCUUUUUGUGACCCAUGGCACAAAUUAAUGAUAACUGUAUCACCUUAUAAGAAUCUAGCGUUGACCGACAGUGCAAAGGGGAAUAAAAGUUACCAGAAGUUAAAAAUCAAGGAAACUUUGGAUACCAGUACUACAAUUGUUGAUAAAAAGGAAAGGAUAAAGUUUUCCAGUGAAUAUAACGAUGUGCCGCCUAAAACCAAAAGUGUUUUUGAUAGAUUAGUUAAGACUGUUGGAAAUGUAUCUGGUAAAGUUGUUCCUAAAAAAUGGAAUAAAAAGAAAGUAAAAUGUACUAGUUCAUGACUCGUUUUUCUUGUCUGUAUACAGAUAAUAUUAAUAUGUUUCUAUGUUAAAGAUGUCGUUUUUUAACUAAAAUUUUACAAUUUAACCUUUGUUAUGUUUCAAUGAUAUUAUAUUUUAUACAAGUGCUUAAUCAAUUGUAUUCAAUUAUUUAAGUUUUAUAUUUUUUAUCAUAAAAUCUAUUCUUUAUACUAUCCAGA